AUGGAGAAAUUCAAGGUGUUUGUGUAUGGAACACUGAAAACUGGAGAGCCGAAUCAUAAGGUUUUGUCGGAAACUGAGGGAGAAUAUCGAUUCAUCUCCGCCGGCACGACCAUCGAAAAGUUCCCUCUCGUCGUCGGAACCAAAUACAACAUUCCAUUCCUUUUGGAUGAUGCUGGAACUGGAAAUGUGAGUUUUCUCUCGCGUAAAUUACAACCAGAAAAUUCAUGA